CGUGGCCCUGACUUCCGCGCCCCAGAGCCGGUGGGGGGCGGGCUGCUCACCAUGGCGGCUCGGGACACCGGCACGGCCAUCCCCGUGUGGCUGGCCGAGGAUGACCUGGGCUGCGUCAUCUGUCAUGAGCUGCUCACCUGGCCCGUCACGCUGCCCUGCGGCCACAGCUUCUGCCGCCACUGCCUGACGCGCGCGCUGGGCGAGGGGCGCGAGAGGCGCCACUGGUCCUGCCCCACCUGCCGCGAGAGCGCCGGGCAGCAGCCGCAGCUGCGGAAGAACACGCUGCUGCAGGACCUGGCCGACAAGUACCGGGAGGCCGCGCGCGAGCUGGAGGCCGGCCCGGGCCGCACCCCGAGCCCAGCCCCCCCCCCCCCCCCCCGUCUCCAAGAUCCUUUCGCAGUGAACAGUUUGAUUCUUGUCACUGCUGAAGAGGAGAAGGGGCGAUGGUCGCUUUCAUUUUUGAAAGGAGUGGUGAGGACACAGGAUGAAUCAGAGGGGGAAAUGGGCGUGCAAAAGGUCUGGGGAGUCUAUCUCCUCAUGCUCUGGACAUUUUUGUCACUUCCUUGUCUGAUUCCUUUAUCCAGUGUUUAUGGCUCCCUCCGUCUAAACCUUGUUCCUGGGUCCAGCCUUUUGUUCUGCUUUGCUCUUUUAAAGGCGGCAGCAAAGAAGAGCAUCACAGAAGUUGGUCCGGAGCUGGUAGAUCUGGUGGAACAGCUUAUAGACAUCGUCAAGAACCUUCAGAGUCAGAGACACCUCCCAGAGUCUGGACGAGACAAUGAACUGAGCAGCCCGGGCACGGCUUUUUCUGGUGGGAUGGACCUUUCCUUGGCUUCUCCAAAGGUGGUAACUUCCAACACACCUGAGAGAAAAGUGAGCGACAUUCUGCAUGACCUAGAAGAAAUCCUGGGAAAAUUACGAGAAAACUUCACGUGGAAAGAGGCCCUUGACUCACAAACACGGGUGGAAGUCCUGGAAGCUCCGUCUUCCUCUUCAUGCCCACUGCCUGACCAGAGCCGCCCUACGCCCAAGAGGGCCUCCAGGUUUGCUCAGUGGGCCAUCAGUCCAACCUUUGACCUCAGGAGCCUCUCCUGUAGCCUGGGGGUGUCCCAGGAUUGCCGGACGGUGACUGUAUCUCAUGACUCACAGUCCUAUCCCUGGAGUCAUGAGAGGUUUGCGACCUGCCAAGUUUUAUGUUCCCAAGCUUUCUCUUCUGGGCAUCAGUACUGGGAAGUGGACACUCAGCAUUGCAGCCACUGGGCAGUUGGGGUGGCUUCCUGGGGCAUGAGCCGUGACCACAUCCUGGGAAGGACCAAGGACUCCUGGUGUGUCGAGUGGAAGGGGACUAGCCAGCUCUCUGUGUGGCACAUGGUCAAGGAAACUGUCCUCGGCUCAGACAGACCUAAGGUGGUGGGCAUCUGGCUGGACCUUGAGGAGGGGAAGCUUGCCUUUUAUUCAGUGGCUACUCAGGAGCAACUUCUGUAUGAGUGCUCGAUCUCUGCCUCCUCUCCUCUGCACCCUGCCUUCUGGCUGUAUGGCUUACGUCCCGGAAACUCUCUGACUAUAAGGCAAGUAAAGGUAUAAAAGGUUCCUUGAAUGUUAAAACACAGUGUUUCCCUGGUCUCUUUGCCUUCAAGCAGAGACUUGACUUAAGAAUCCCACUUCGGAAGUUAAUAAAGGGUUAACUCAGCAGACUUGGGAUGUUCAAACUCUGCACAUUCCAAAGAAAAGACAGGCCCUUAACUGGCUCCUGGGAGAUAACUUUGAAGCCCUUGGAAUAUCCUGCCCGAUAAGGUCUUUGUUUACUAGGGGGCCUUGGGCCACACAGUAUCAGCUUGACUUCUAGAGGGGCUGGAGACUAAGGUCAGCCCUGUGGGCAGUGAGCCUGCCUACAUGCUGGACUCCCAGUAAAAGCCCUGGGCACCAAGGCUUGGGUGAGCUGCCCUCGCUGGCACCAUGUGAGUGGUCACACAUCGUUGCAGGGAGAACUAAGCAUUGUUCCCAUGACUCCACUGGGAGAGGAUAACUGGUGCAUCCUGGCCCCCGCCCCAUGUGCCUUUUUCUAUUGUUGAUAUUACUCUGUAUCCUUUCACUGUAAUAAACUGUAACCAUAAAUACAACAGCUUUGUUGA